UAGACUGUGGGAGACCUGGAUUCAUUUCCCCGCUCUGCCACAAACAUCCCGGGUAACUGGAUAAGUUACUUAGGCUCUCUGUGUCUCAGUUCCCUGGGUGUAAAAUGGGGAUAACACGGUGUGCGUGUGUGAGGAUAAAUACAUUCAAGAUUGUGAGGUGCUCAGCUACUAUGGUGAUGAGGGCUGUAUAAGUACCUAAGGAAGGAGACAUAGAGACUGAGGGCCCUUUGCACAUGGGGAGGUGCACACAGAUUGUGUAUGUUUGUGUGUAGAGACCAUGGGGUUGUUUCAUCUCAUGGGGAGGAAAUAUAGGAAUCAACCUGGGCUGGGAACAGUGUCCUGUCCCAGCCUGUCAUAUGUAUGGAUGGAAUUGGAGGAGUAUCUCAGCCCAUCUCGGCACUAGGGGUAGGCACAUGUGUACAUAGUUGUGCACUAUCUCAGCUGGAGUUGAUAUAAACUAUUCUGGGGACAUUUGGUAGGGAACACACAGACUGGGAGGUGUCUCAGCUUGGAAGGGUGCUCCUGUUCUGUAAUACAGUGAAUGUCCCUUGCAGGUGGUUUUCUGGCUCAUGCACCAUACCUAGUGCCACAGCACUGCCGCUUUAUAGAAAUGUUGGUUGUUGCCGUGACGUUGUUUUAGUCUAAGCUCUGCAUGGUGGGGAAAAAAGUUGUCCAAUGGGCAUCUUGAUCCUACCUGAGGCUUCUUGGAUCAAGAUGGUACAUAAGGACAGCAACUUCUUGUCUCCCCUGCGGGCCACUGCAUUCAGCAUAUGCAAUUGGUUACAUUUUUCACAGCUCUUGGCGAGUUGCAAGUGUCACUGUUUAUCUGGGCAGAGUUUAUGCGGUGGUGUUGUAGCUGUGUCAGUCCCAGGACAUUAGAGAGACAAGGUGGGUGAGGUAACAUCAUUUAUUGGACCAACUUCUGUUGAUGAGAGGGACAAGCUUUCGAGGUACACAGAGCUCCUCCUCAGGACUGGGAACGAGAACGAUGGUUUGUAAAUAUUGCCCUGCAGUAUUUGAGACUCAAACGUUGCAGACAAAGAACAUGAAAAUGAGACAACUGAGGAACUGAUGUAACUGAAUUUCAUUGUCCAUGACAAGAAGGAUGGGAAAAAGUAAACAGCGUAAAUAGUGAUGCAAGCUGGACUUCUGCAAUUCUUUCAAUCAAAGGCAUUUCUGCCGAAGGAAAUUUAAGAACAAGACAUGUGGUAAAGAGUCGAAAAAGCGAAGCUAAGCUGAAGGUCCCUGGAGCUGCUCCUUCUGCUUCCAUGGAUCCAUUGAAAAGCACAGGAGACCCAGCAGGGCAGCAGGUCACUAAUGAAGGCGGAGCGAAGAGUGCUUCUUUAAAGGAUUUGUGUCCCGAGGACAAGAGACGCAUUGCAAACUUAAUUAAAGAACUUGCCAGGGUAAGUGAGGAAAAGGAAGAGACAGAGGAACGACUGAGAGCAGAACAGGAGUCAUUUGAGAAGAAGAUCAGACAGCUAGAGGAGCAGAAUGAACUUAUCAUCAAGGAAAGGGAAGCCCUGCAGCAGCAGUACAGAGAAUGCCAGGAACUUCUGAGCCUAUAUCAGAAGUAUCUAUCUGAACAGCAAGAAAAGCUAACUGUCUCUCUCUCAGAGCUUGGUGCUGCCAAGCUGAAGGAGCAGCAGGUGUCCAACAAGAAGAGUCCAUGCCAGCUACCACCUUUGGAACUGGAUGGUUCUUAUUUAAGUAUAGUUAGACCACAAACAAGAACAAUAUACCAGAACAAUAAAGUGUCACAGUCUGGAAGUCCAGCCCUGUUUUCAGUACGUCCGCACUGUAGAAAUAAUCAUGCUUAUGAGACCACAGCCCACUACAACCAACAGGAGGUUCUGAAUGAAUGUCCGGUGGAAAAUGGCUUGCACAGAAAAUGUAACAAUAUGAUGCUGUCGGCAAAGGAAAGGGGCCCAUACCCCACGCAAAUGACUCCUGAUGUGGGCCAGAGAAUGAGUGAAUUUCAGAACACUUGUCCUCACCAAAUGAGUCAUUGGGCUUGUAUGCAGCCAGGAAGUUUGGAGAACAUUCAGGAUAGCCAAAAGGCCAGCCAUGUACCCAGAAGAUAUUCUGGGCCACUUCAUGAAACCUGUGAUUACUCUAGGCUUUCUCGAGUUUCUGGGAUGAAUGACAUUGUGGACUCUGGAUCAAAAGAAACAGAGCGAAGUAAAAGGCUGUCUGAGGAAAGAAGACAGCAGCUUCUGCUGCAGAAAAUGGAGCUGGAAGUUGAAAAGGAACGUCUCCAGCAUCUUCUUGCUAAACAGGAAGCAAAACUACUUCUGAAGCAGCAACAGCUACACCAAUCCAGGCUAGAUUACAAUAGAUUUAAGGGCCAAGUUUUUGAUUCAGAAAUGGUCACUGAUGAAGCACCAGGCGGGCCAGGAGGACCAACCCUUAUGAUGAAUGGCACUGGCAUGGGGUUAAGCUUUCCAGUGUCUAAGUAUGAAGAUUGCCUUCCCAAAACACCGGCACUAGGCAAAACAUCCAGAACACCAGGGAGCAGUGGACGGAGCAGCUUGGGGAGGAGAACAGUUGGCUUUAGUGCAAACGUGGAAGAAGGAGCCAUGUGGAUGAAUGGAAAGAAGGAAACCGACAGGUCUAGAAGAGGGACAGCAUCAGGAUCUAGAAAGGAUGCAGCUACAUCUCCUGUACUGACAGGCAGCAAAAAAGAGCUUGUAACCACAGCCACAUCACCAAUCCAGCAUGACACAUCACGGUACGAGGCCUCCCUUAUUGAGUUGGUUGAAGCAAUGAGUCCAGUCGCUGCCCCAGGACACCACUGCGGAGAGUCUUAUGACUGGAAGAAACCCCAUGCCCCUCGGAAUGGGAGCCCCAGAAAACCUGCAUGGUGCCAAGCCCCACGUGGUACCCGAAGCAAAAUGGAGGAGCUUGAGGAGAGCCAGAUCCUGGAGGAUAUUUUCUUCAUUUGAUGAGGCUCAUUACUCUGCAGCCAGUCUGUAGGAUUUUUAGGACCUUGUUCCUGUUUCUGCUCUAGAUUUGUUAAUCGCAGUAUCACUUUUAAAUUAUUUGACAAAUGAUUGUCUCCCUCCUUGCCAAGGAGUUAGUACAGUAGCUUCCUCUUUCACUUAGAAUUUAGUAAUCAUGCUGCGAGAAUAACAUUUUUUUUUUCUUUUUGAACAGUCCAAUCAGAAGGUGUUAGUAAAUUUUGGAUAAACUUUUCUUGUGCCAAGCAAUUAUUCUAAAAUAUAAUUAAAUCCACAACAUUUUGGAGUCGAUUGAAGUCAUAGCUUAGCCAGCCCUCAUAUGAGAAGUAUAUUUCAUUAUCGAUUUUUUUUUUUUAGCUAUAAAGCAGUUUGCAAGAGCUGCAGAACACAGAAGAACCACUGCAUUUCAAUUAGAUUAUUUCUAAUUAAAAAGCAGCCUGUUUAAAACCUAACAAUGUUACAAAGGUACAAGCACUUGAAUAUUGUUUCCAAUGAUUCUGUGAUCUACCAUUGCCUUCAGCAUUCUGAUAUUUACCGUGCUGAAAUGUUAGGAAGCAUAUACUCAGCUCAGCUGUAUAAUGUCUAAUAACAUUAAUGGAUGUUGCAGGGUUAAUGCACGGUGCAUCUGUUUGAAAGUAGUCUUCCUUAAAUCAGUGCUAUUUGACAUAGUGUGUAUGCUGGGAACCCUAUUGCCAACUCCUUAAAUAUCUCAUACAGCCAGGCAAUGUACAGGUCCAAACUGUAUUUGAUGUGCUCUUCAAAAUGAGAUAUAUAGUAGUUACAGAGUAAGAACAGUCUUAAGGCAUUUUCACUAACUUGCACUAUUUUGAUACCGUUUCCAGGUUCCAUUGUAAAUAAGACAAAUCCGUAAUUAUUUCUACUAGCAGCUCGUAAUGCACGUUUCCCUGCCGGCUUUAAUUAUUAAUGCUCUAUCUAUUUCAGUUUAUUUAAACGCACUCCCAUCUACUUCAUGCACUUGGUUAUUUAAAGAAAUGUGCAGAAUUGGUAAAAAUGACUGCAGAUUACUGGAUGAAUGGACAUUUUCUGCACAAUGCAGUAUUCAUAUUUUAUUGUAACAUUGUAGCCACUGGCAUGUGUUCCUAGAAAUAUGAAGCUGAAAUAUUCCUUUCACACAAUAAAAGUGCAGCUAGAGAAAGUCAGAAUCACAGCGGUACAGACAAGCUCUAGGCUAUUUGUUUCCAGCCACUGGUGUAUGGACCAGUAUGCUUUUUCAGUCUUCUGUGACUGGUCCUCCAGGCUCCUGUUCCAUAUCUCCAUGGCGGUGAGCCCCUGGACUUGUCCCUGCUGUACUGCUGUUGUGUGCCUCCCAUGCACUUGUGCAUGCACCAAUCUGCAGUGCCACCCUGUCCCUCAGUGGAGCGGGCAAGGCUUGGCGAUGAGGCCCAGCUGUUCUCUGGCUGGCACAUGCAUAUUGUACAGUGUGUGGAACAUGUAUUCACUGAGACCAAGAUUUGAGGAGUUGAAACCUUGGAACUGAUUAUUUUUAAAGGCAUUUCUGGGAAUUAUGGGGUGGGCAUCCCUUCUCUUGAGGAGCCCCAACUGUUAAACUACCUCGGCUGGGUGGCAGCGGAUUAGCUUUUGCAGCGUCGUGGGGCAGAUGUAAUUUUGUGAAGGCCAACAGCAGCACUGGGCUCCUAUAGUGAAGAAUUAAAAAAGGUGAUGGGGAGGGAAAUACCACAGCCUACAUUAUUCCAGACAAUUUUUUCUAAUCUAAUGUUAUUUACAAAUUAGUUGAUGUCCUUUUCUUGCAUCACAGCUGAAUUUUAAAAGCUUGUUGGAAAAGUACAAGGACAGAAGAGAUAGGAGCAGUUUUCCUGCACCCGUGAGCCUGGUGAGAAACGGUCCCCAUAUCAUUUUUUUCUCUCCAGCCAUUCCUAUGGAGAUUUACAGUCUCUUAUCAGUAUCCUGCCGUGACAUGUAUCUGCUCCUUCAUCCACUGGGGACAAGCUUUGUCUAGAGAAUUCUGUCCUAAGGUCUCACGGACCUGGCAAGUGACCCAUCACUGGACUGGCUGGGGGAGUCUCUAUUCAGUGUCCUUCAUGUUUCUGCUCCUUGGGCACAGGGGAUCAAGUUUAACAUAGUUCGCUUUGGCCUUAGAAAGAAAGAAAGAAAGAAAGAAAAAUUCAGGAGAGGCAGCUGGUAUUUGGGGGGAACAAGGAGGGAAUAGACAAUAGGACAUGGGGUUGGAUUUUUUUUUUUUUUAAGAUUUUGCUUUUGUAGAAGAAAUGCUUUUCUGGGUCUAGACCAAAUGCAAACCUUCAGUUUCUGGUCUGGGUCUAGACUGAACACCUUCAAUUUCUGUACUUCUCCAGAUUGACUGUAACUGUAAUUGCCUUUUUUAACAAACACUAACAGCAAAAAUGACAUUUGAAAGGUGCCUUUGCGUACACAUUCCGGAAUUCUCCAUGGGAGCAUUAUGCUCUCUAAUGCUUCAUGGGUGCCAAUAUUUAACCACGCUCAGAUUUUUAAUAUCCUUUUUGUCAGUUAAUUAUUUUAACUCUGAUGGUGUUUUUAUCUUGAAUCUUUAUUUUGGUGGUAAUUGUAUUUUAAAUCGACAUUGUCAAGGUUUGGGGCCUCAAACAUGACCACCUCUUCAUCUGUAGGAGCUGUACAUGAAGCAUGUUUUGCAUGUUGUAGCAAAGAAUUUUGGAAUGAAGAGGUUUAAAAUUAUCUUGUUGGGAAAGACCUCCAGAUUCUAAUUAUCCAGUAAACACGAACUAGGAGAGGCUACUAAUUUGGUAGAUCCUAAAGAAAAAAACCUUCUCCAGUUGGCUCUGUUGUUGUAGUUAGCAGCAGUAGACUAAGAAUAGUGUUAGCAGUCAAUGCAAGCAAAUAUAUUUUGCCACAAGGCACUACAAAGUUAAAGUUAUUAAAACAUUUAUAGCCUUGGAAGAAAAUCAAUUGUUGUCAAAUAGAAAGGACAAAAUCAGUAGUUGGGGUGGGGAGGGGAAUUAUUUUCCAUCUGCUAAAACAGUAGAGGGAAUGCAAAAAUUAAACUAGCAAAAGCAAUCACAUGACAGUUAAGUUUUAAGUUAAACUCCUAUUUUAGCCCCCAGUGGGGAGAUACUCCACCCAUGAUUUUGUCCAGAGUAUCCCAGAUAAUAAGCUUCAGCAUCAGAUAAGGCUGUGUCUUACAGGAAGCUUGUGGGGUAACACAUCUCCUGUUAAGGUUACUCUCCAUGCCUUGACUUUGUAUUUCUACCUGAAUGGCUUGUAUUUCCAACACCUGCUGUGUUUGUGUGGUCAUCUCUCUUGCACACUCUGUAAGCAGAGGAUCUGUAAACAAUCGCGCUUUCAUUCUACUUCCUAGCCUCUCUGGUUCUACUUGGUGAAUCCUGUCUUAAACUCAAGCAUAUAUUUAUAUAUGUGUGUGAGGUUUUAAUUUAAUAAAUUAUCUCCUUUUUUUUUUCAUUUUAUCUUUGAGAGCUUCAUUUAUUGCAUUAUCAUUUCCUUUGUUUUGUCCAGCCUGGGUAUAGCAAUAGACUCUCCAUUGUUAGAUAUUUUGGUAACCUUCAACACCACUGAUGAUGAGGUGCUGCCCACUUAUCUGUGGGCCCUAACAGCGUGGGCAAGUCCAGUAGGGAAGCUUGGUUCACGUUUUCUUUCAGAGAUCCCAGAAAAGGACAAAGUGCCCCACAGUUCUUCCCCAAGAGCUCUUGUUUUUGUAUUGUCCCACAGGGACCAAUCUUAUCACCCUCUUCAACGUGUUCGCGACAUCACUGGGGGAGAUGGUGGGAGGCUAUAGACUGAAAUGUUGGCAGUAUGCUGAUGACACCUAGCUCUGUCUCUCCUCAGCAAGCCCUGAUGCAGUUGACUUCCUGCUGUCCUAGUAUGUCGUGAGGUUAGGUACCUGUAAAAUAGCUGGUUUAGGCUUACCCAAGCAUAACAGCCUCUGUCAUGGGAUUGAAUUUGGGACCUUCAUCUCCAAAUGCACAGACCUCUGGCACUAGAGCUAAAGAAUAAUUCCAUUAGCUGAUUAAUUUAUCCAACAUGUGGGCCAGCCAUUAGAGGCGGGACACAAUGUGCUUAGCCCUUAUGUUACACCAAGGAAAGUGGAGGUGAUGCUUACCGGCAGGGGGCAGUGAAAAUGCCCUCAAUCAAAGAGCUUUGUUCAUGGGUUGUCAGUUGUCACUCGAUCGCUGGGUCCUGCUGGGCUCAUCUCUGCUUCUACAUUCCCAGAGAGGACCAGUGGCCAGAAAUGUCUUCAUCUGGCCUAUCAGUUGCCUCCUGUCCUCUGUGAUGCAAAGACAGUCCAUGCCUUUGUCACUUCACGGAAAGAAGGCUGUAUGCUCUACCUUGGGCUGUCCAGGAAGUGUAGCUAUUGCAGAAGUUGUUGGUCAGCAUUCUAAUCAGGAAGGACUCAGGAGGGCACAUCACACCAAAUACUCUGACCUACAAUCAAAUUCCCUAUCCACUUACAAGACAACCUCCAACAGUUGGUCAGUAUUUACACAACCCUAAAUGGUAUAUGAUUUAGCUAUUUUUGUGAGACCUUGUCCCUUGGAACGUACUAACUUCUGAGGACACUGCUUUACCGUCCUCAGGUAUUUGACGGUGGUGUUUUCAGUAGAUAGCUCUUAACUAUGGAGGUCACUCCCUGGUCUGUUAGAGCUUGAUCUUUGCAGGUUGCAAUGCAAGGCUGUGUAGGCUGUUUUCUGACUCUGUUUAAUCUCCCUCUAGCAAGUGUCUCCUGGCUGGCUGUCCCUCUGCCCCGUCCCACAUCCUAGUAGGAGCUAGCAUUCCCCCAAGACAGCGAUAUCAGAUGCGAGCAGAGUAUUGACCUAAAUUUGGGGAGACUAUUAAAUAAACUAUGAAAAUGCACCAAGAUAAUAGUGCUGGGAGCUUUCAGAAAUACAUCUUAGAGGAGAUAAUUCCCAUUGCAUCCUGACAGGCUUGACAAGCGAACCACACACAGCAGCACUGAAAUAUAACCACUUCUGGGGUGUAAUCAGCAACUCCACAAUAACUGACUCUGUACAACCGUGACAGGAGGGGAAAUGUUGGCUAUGAAUACCAAGGCAAUUUCAUGAUCUUGUGGAAAGCCCCAUGAGGUUUUUAAUAUCCACAUAGAUGAGAUACUUUUUAAGGUCUUAUCCUGAAGAAGUCUCACAUGGUUUAAUGGAGCUCAGUGUGUGUCUUCUUCAGAAGGAGGAGUGGCAAAGCUGUACCUCCCAUCUUAUGAACCCAUGGCUUCAGUGGGGAUCUAGGUGUUUCAAACCUGAUACUUGUACAGCAACGCCAUCCCUUCUGGUGAGGUUAGCUAUGGAUCAUAUUGAGAUCAUGGGCCAUAAAUUGGCAUUUCCUUUGAUUGAGAUAACAGAAAUCAAGUGUACUGCUGUAUUCUUUCUCCUCUAUUCAACAGCGUUCAACUAAUUAUUAUUAAUUUGUAUCACCACAGUGCCUAGGAGUCCCAGUUCAGGACCCCAUUGUGCAAGGUGCUGUACAAACACAGAACAACAGGACAGAUGCUGUCUCAAAGAGCUCACAAUCUAUGUAUAGGACAAGAGGAGACAAAUGGAUACAGACGACCAAUGAGGGAGUGCAAGGCAACAAUGAGACAAUAUGGUCUGUGUGACAGGCAGUGGUCUCAGCACAUCAGCAGCCUCACUAUUGUCAAGUUUUCUGUGGGCAUCAUGAAAAAGAAGAGUUUAGAGGAGGGCUUUGAAGAAGGAUGAUAAGUUGGUUUUACAGAGGUUUACGGGCACUCCUCCCAAGCAUGAGGAGCUGCAGGAGAGAAAACACACAGAAAGGGCGGUAUGACUGCAGUUAAUCGAAGGGCGUGAAUAUCAAGGAGGGAGUGCCAUGAAAUUGGCCCACUGUCCCACAGUACAGUCACCAUUCUGUUGUGAGUGGACCCAGUCUGUGGUCCCACGUGCUUCCAAACUGGUUGGAUCUGAGUAAAAUCUAGUCCCUGUUUCUAGCUCUGAGACUCUAGCAAACAUGAUUGGGCUCAGAUCUCUCGCCUGAGCUCUUCCUUGGGAUGUGGGACUUUACCAUCCAGCAGACUUAGACCUGAAAACAGUGUCUGAGACUCUCGCAGCCUCACAGCUGUUUACAUACGCUCCCUCCCAGAGCUCCGCCUAUGCAGUGGGGCCCCUGGGCUCCUACUUUAAUUCCUUUGGGGACAAUGUGGCAGGAUAGCAAGAAACACAGGCUCAGCAAAGGGAUUUUAUUAACCGUAGUAACUUAACUCAUAGUCCUGAGGUGCCCCAUCCCCUGGGUCAAGCUCACCCCUUCUUACGAGCCUGUAGUUUGUCAGCGUUUCAGGCUGGGCAGGGGUCAUCCUCCAUGUCCUUUUUAUAUGAGGCAAUGGUCAGCCCCCUGCAAAAAGCCAAAUCUCACUCUUCAAGAGGGCCCCUGUCUCUGUGCCAUGAGGUCAGACAGGGAAGCUCCAGCCCCACCGGUCAUGCUCACCCCUUCUUGUGGGCUCCUAGUAGAGAGACCAUUGUUCCAUUGGCAUGGGCCAGUCGUUGAGUCUUUCAAAGUCAAUAGCCCCCAACUGUACUCUGGCAGGGCAGCUGUGUAGAAUGCAGCACAAUAGGCCGCCCUAGGGCAAGUCCAGACAUGUGCUGUCACAGUGUGUGAUAUUUCCAGGCACAGCACAACAUAGAGUUCAUCAUUUGAUACAGGCAAUUUAAGGGAGCAGCAUUUAGCAUGGCGAUUGGGGGUCUGUCGUAUGAUGGGUCUUCAAGCAGGUCCUAACAGUGAGGCAGUCCACUGCAGCUUCACUGCUAGAAACUGCUUGAAGCCUCAUCAUAUGACCCACUUAAAACUAGGUCGGAUAAAGCACCAGAGAAGAUCUAUCUGGACUCUAUUCUUCACUGGCCCCUGGGGUUGGAAGAGUGAGGAUGGGCCGCCGAGGACCUAAGAGGUCCUGUAGGCUGGGAUUUGCAAAAUAGUUCAUAGGACCCCCUUGGAAGAUAUCAACCUUAAUCACUCAGUUUGCAGUACACUGUUAGGCCCUAUGGAUCUUGAACCUGGGUCUGUGGUGGUCCUGGGAACCAUCACACUCCUUUCCUCCAGUCAGCAGCUCACAGACGCCAGCUGGGACUGAGGUCCCUGGAGCCCAACUCAGGGCACAACCCCUAUCCCUGCACUCUGGGAGCGCUCCAAGGCUCCUAUUGGGUCAUAGCCCCUAUAUAAGCCAGAGGAGGAAACAGGAAGUUGUCUUCACAACUGGGCUUCAGCCUGCCAUGGACCACUGGUCAGGUUGCUUCUAAUCCUGAGCUCCUGUCAUCCUCACUCAGCCUGACCCUUGGUAACUGUUUCCUGUCCUCUGGUUCCAUCCCCCACGCCUAACCUCUUAGUAUCCUGAUGUGGCCUGACUUUUGGUAACUAACUCUUGAUCCCUAUUUGACAGUCUGCACUCCUUUUACAAGACUGAUACAUUUUGUACAAAUUAUGCCUUGUGAGGUAUCAUUUGAAAACUCAUAAUUUGCAGACCAUUAUUGUCCUGGUAAAAUAUGUGUGGCAACAUUGUAUGUAAAGUUAUAAGAUUCUACUGUGUAACAUUAUUGAGAUAUGUUCCAAGUUUAAAAAAGCUGGCACAAACCAGUUCCUCAAAGACAAAGGGGAAACUGUUGCCUGAGCCAGGUAUCAAGAAAAUCAAAUGGACCAUCACCUGGUUAAGUGGCCAUUCUUCAGCAGGUAAAAGAGUGUGAGUGAGAAAUCUACAUUUUGUCAAGAAAUGUAAAAGAAACAGCUGGAGGUUCCUGUCCCCCUGGACCGUCUGUCUCCUGAACCUCAGCUGGAGGUGAUUUUUUGAAGAAAAAAGAGAACUAUAGGAAAGGGGAACAGACACCCCCAAAAGAUCUCUCCCUUCAUCUCUACUCAUGGCAUCAGCAACACUUGAAGGACAAAGGAAGCAUCACUGGACUGGGGAGGGAUCCUGGCAGACAGGAAUUCAGCCAGUCAGACUGCUAAAACCUGAGGAGAGUGACGUGUGCUUUGAAAUCACUUAGCUUGUGAAGUUAGGUAUUAGUUAUGUUUUACUUUUUAUUUAUUUGUAAGCAAUUCUGACUUUUAUGCUUCAUUACUUGUAAUCACU